UUGCAGGCGCGUUUAUGAAAUUUGAAUUUAAAUCAAGCCAACAAAACCAACCAUUUUCAUUUUUCACAAACACUACUGUAAAAGUGUAAAUUACAAAAACACACUCUCGUUUUUUCCGGCUUCUGGCAUACCCACUGCCACCUCCUUCUCUCUCCUCUCUUCUCAAAAGGAUUGUUCAGAAGCAGCAAAUUUUAAUUGUUAAUGAGCUACUCCCUGCUGUCAACUUCACCCUAAUACUAUUGUUAUUUUAGAAGGGGAUAUCGUUGAGUUUUGCUUAUGGUAGAGUUCCAUUUUGUUGGAAACUAUUGAGCUAUUGUGUUUUGGAAGUGACAUCAAUUUGUAAAUGGGAAGAAAAAGGACAACUAAGCAGAAGUUACCAUCCAAUGAUAAUGCAACCGCGGUUGAUAAAAAACAACCCAGACAGGAGAGAAAUGGAGGUUCUUCCACAAACCAAGAAUUCGAGCGCCAGAUUGCUGCAAUGAAGGCUGUUUCUGAAAUGGAAGUUGAACACCUCAUUACCGAGGUGCUCUUGCUUAAGUCAUACUUGAAUGAGGAACAAUUACAAACACCUAUCUUGCAAUUUUUGAAGGAGAGUCUUCCCAAUGUUUCAGUAGUUACAGAAGAUGGGCAUUUUGAUCUAAGAUGGAAAGAUGAUGAUGGAAAUCUGGCCACAUAUAACACUGUUAGUAGAGAUAUUCAUGACCCCCUUCUCCAGCAAAUGUGUAUGGCUUAUCCUGGCUGUUCUGAUGUGAGGCAACCCUUUAGUGGAUUCCAGUUUCCGGCCACGGAUAUGAAAAACAUUGUGGGUGUUGAUGAUAUGCAGACGGGGACCUACUUGUCUCAGGAGUCACUUAAUACUAUGAUGCUUGGGAUGCCGGAAGGUUUUCAAACUCCUGGGGCUCAAAGCCAGAGAUUGUCCGUGGGGAUGACACCCAAAACCCGCAGAUUGCCUAAACAUGGGGAAAUGCUUCUGUCUGUACAUGGUUCCCCUCUUGGUGUCUACAAAGAAGAUAACAUGGAAGCAAUAUGCGAGGCAGAAGAAGACUGACUUAUAUAUGUUCUUUGUUCUUCAUCCAGAAGAUUCAAAACGCUUUCUGUUACUUACUAGAAGUUGUGCUUUGCAGCAUUGACAUAAAACAACACUAUUUUGCUAACUAUGGCUCUGCAGUGAGGAGUUCAGUUCAGUUACUGUAUGUCGAUGACAUGAUCCAUCUGACGCUUAGUUGUAUGAAAAUAUAUCCUAAAUAAAUGGGUCUAUCUCUGUAACCCACCUUAAGUGUUGUAAUAGUGUAUGGAUAUCCUAUUCAAGUUAGUGAAUCAAAGUUUUUCCUCUGCAA